AUGUCUUCUAAUGGACACCUCUCCAUCACUUAUGAUGAUGUCACUUAUGAAGACACCCCUACCGACUCUCCUCCCCUAACCUCCGAACCAUAUAUACCAGAAGAACGAUCCGUCCCCUGGGACUCCAACGAGGACGCAGGAUUUGACGAAUACCUCGAGAGAUUAGACGACAGGGACAGGAGAGAGGAAGAAAUGAUUAGGAUACUUACAGAGGACUUUGACAGAGCACUGCUCACACCCUCGCCUUCUCACUCCCCCUCCCCACCGCCUCUGAUUCAAGAAAAAAACAAUGGGAUUGUCUUCCCCAACAGAGAGCCAUACCUGACCGCCCCCGUCACAUACCUCAUGGGACUCAUCGAAGGCUCACCAAGCACGGAGUUCGUAUCAAGGGCUUUGCAAAUACGAGAAGGGACCCUCAUCGCCCGCAUCAAUGCGGGCGAGAGACGACUUAUCGGACUUGACCACAUCCAACCCCUCCAUGACACAUUUCACCCCGCUGAUAACCCCACUCCUGCCAAUGAGUACUACAUGCCGUCCACGGCUAUGGGUAGGCGGGGAGCUGACUUCACUACAAAUAUCGAGGGACCCUUUAUAUCGAGUUUAUCUGGAGAGGUGAUGCAAGGUCACGCGACAAUACUCUCGUGUGAGAUGGGGGACCCGACGAAGGCCCUGACAAUAGCGGCGAUGAAGGCAACGAGUGCCAAAUUGAGCGAGUACGAUGUUGGUGCGAUGCGAUAUGAGCUGUUACGACUGCUCGUCGGUAACCCCAAGAGUAGGAGGUUCUUCCCUAGGUCACUCGUGGAGGAUGUGUGGAACGGUGGUCUCGACUGUAUUCUCUAA